AUGGCUACACUGCUCAUCGCCUUCGACGACUUUCCCGAAGACGUGAGGCUAUUGAAAGAGCCCUCAUCGGUCAUUGGCCCAAACACAGUUCUGUCUACCGACGUGGUCAUCGUUGGCGGAGGCAAUGCGGGAUUGAUCCAGGCUGCUCGUCUGAAAGCACUCAAUGUGGACUUUGUCGUCAUCGAGAAGAACCCGCAAACUGGCGACAACUGGGCGAAACGAUACGACUGCAUGCGAUUUCACAUCGGCAAGAACUACUGCCAGAUGCCAUAUCUCCGUGAGCACCUUCUUGCGGGGAGGCAGAGUACGAACUGCCUCGAGACGAGCUUCAGCGGCAUAUUCAGCGCUUCGCGGCGAGAGUUCGAUCUAGGACCGCGAGUGCUCAACAGCUCCACGGUCAAAGCAACAAGCUUUGACGAGAAGGCCCAAACUUGGAAACUGAACUUGAUUGUCGAGGGGGUUGAGAAGUCAAUCACCUGCAGAGCACUGAUCAUUGCCACCGGGUCAGGGUUCAGCACGCAUACAUUCCGAUGUUGCCGAUCGAGAGCGUUCAAGGGGCCGAGUCUGCACUCCUCAUCCUUUCGGAGCGGCAAGGAGCUCUCUGUCAUCGUCAUUGGGUCUGCCAACUCGGCCUUUGACGUGUUGGAGGAUUGCCACAACGCUGGUUUGACAGUCCAGAUGAUCCAGCGAUCUCCAACAUACGUUAUUCCAAUGAGAUACUACGCCCAUCCUCAGGGUUUGGGGAUUUUCGACGUGGUUUCAACUGAGGUCGCGGAUGCCAUGAUUAACAUGGGCCCAGUUGCCAUCGUUGGUCAGCUGCCCGGGCUGGUUCACGCUGCGCUGGCAGCCGAAGAGCCCAAGCUGAAUGACGCCGGGUUCAGAGCGUUAGAUUCCAAGAAGGAGGACCUCAUCGACCAUCUACACAGCCGCGCAGGUGGCUUCGUAGUCGACAUGGGCACAGGCGGCGUUGAUCUCAUCGUACGCGGGACGGCCAAGAGCUUGUGGCGGUUCUGGGCGAAGGAGCUGACGUAG